AUGGCGGGUAGGGCAAGUGUCCAAGUCCAGCAGCUGGACGCUAGGGAGGCACCCCGAGGCCCCGCCUCCUCCUCCGUGGCCGGGACCGGGAGGGCCCCAGUGCGCGCGCGCUUCGCUCCCGGCCCCAUUGCGCGCGCCCCUGGCGCCGGGGUGAGCGUGGCUCCGGGCCGCGGUGGCCUGAGGCCUGCCCGGCUGGGCCCCGUCUCCUCCCAGCCUGACCCUCCCGCCGCACCUCCGCGCCGAGGCGCGGUCCCGCGUGACACGCGCACCUGCCGGGGCGGCGGCCCUGCGGAAGAGGAGGCGUGGGCCGGGGUCGCAGAUCCGCACCGGGAAGCCCCCGGGAGCGACUCCCCGCCUGCCGCGCCCGUCCGCCCCGGCCACUUCCCGGAGGAGCGGCGGGCUCUGCGGAGCCGGAUGAAGCACCCAGGCCUUUGGAAGAUGUUUUCAGCGGCCUUGUACAUGACCCUUCUGGGCUGCUUGCAGGCCCAGGAGCUCCAGGGACACAUUUCCAUCAUCCUCCUGGGAGCGACCGGAGACCUGGCUAAGAAGUACUUGUGGCAGGGACUGUUCCAGCUGUACCUGGAUGAGGGGGCAAAGGGCCACAGUUUUAGCUUCCAUGGAGCUGCUCUGACAGCCCCCCAGCAGGGCCAAGAGCUCAUGGCCAAAGCCCUGGAAUCCCUCUCUUGCCCCAAGGACGUGGCACCCAGUAACUGUGCCGAGCUCAAGGGUCAGUUCCUGCGACUGAGCCAGUACCGCCAACUGAAGACAGCUGAGGACUACCAGACUCUGAGCAAGGACAUCGAGGCCCAGGUCCAGCACAAAGGACUCCAGGAGACUGGCAGGAUCUUCUACUUUUCUGUGCCACCCUUCGCCUAUGCGGACAUUGCCCGCAACAUCAAUAGCAGCUGCCGGCCAGGCCCAGGUGCCUGGCUGCGGGUUGUCCUCGAGAAACCCUUUGGCCACGACCAACUCUCAGCCCAGCAGCUGGCUUCAGAACUUGGGAGCUUUUUCCAGGAGGAAGAGAUGUACCGGGUAGACCAUUACCUGGGCAAACAGGCUGUGGCUCAGAUCCUACCCUUCCGAGACCAGAACCGCAAAGCCCUGGAUGGCCUGUGGAACAGGCACCACGUGGAGCGCGUGGAGAUCAUCAUGAAGGAGACUGUGGAUGCAGAAGGUGCGUGAGAGGCCUGGCGCCCUGUGCCUC